GUUUACCAUAUGCCACUGGAGGUUUUACCGUUUCACGCAGGCAUUUUCGACUGCAAUGAUGUGCAACUUUUUAAUGUUUGCAGCAUCCGAUCGUUUAUUAAACGUUCUAAAGCCGACUUUAUUUGCUAAAUUGCCAAGUAAGUUUGUGUGGUAUAUGUUCUCAAUCUCAUUAACCCUGUCUCUCUUGAUUGCAUUGCCAUUUCUCCUAAUGUCUCAGAUAUUUAAUGACAAAGGUAAAUUAAACUGUUGGAUUAGUGCAGAAAAUUCGUACAUACUAUUUUAUGAAGCCUUAUUCACUAACAUAGCACCGGUACAACUGACCUUGGCAUUUGCAUGUAACUUCUUUUUUCAUAAGCGCAUGCUUAAACAAGGAAGGGUGGAUAAUGUUAUCAAAGGCUCACAGCAAAUUGAUAAAGAACAAUUUCGAGUUUCGAAAUUUCUCGUGGUAAUUUCAUUCACUUUUACAUUGUUCAGCAUCCCUCAAACUACAUUUUAUCUAAUGAAUACAGCUAUAACCAUAGGAUUAGUUGAUGGUAAUGCGGAAUUAUUCCGUACUCUCAUGGAUAUUAUAUGGACAGUAUAUCUGUCUAGGUCUGUUGUGGACUCUGUAGUGUGUUCCAUUUAUUUCAAACCGUUACGUAAUGUACAUGUAACUGCCUUCAAAAACCUCGUAGGACUAAUAAAAAGAUCCUGAAGUCACAAAAUGAGUUUACUGAAAAGAUGAUUAAAAUUCAUCCCAUCAUAACUGGAGAGGAACAAGCAUACAAGGACAGUUAAACAAUCAUAAAAUGUUGAAGACAGUAAACAUUCUAGCAGUUCAUGAGACAGGAUGUCACUAGAAGACUGAACUCACAAUGAAAUGAAUGGUAGCCAAUUUUUCCCCGUACAACUACAUCGCAAACAAAACCCCUUAAUUUCAAGGAGACUUUAUUUUUCAGUGAAAUGUGCUCACUUUAUUCAUAAAUUCAAAUGCACCAAAAUGUAGUUCAUGGAUUUUAUAUGGUAGCAGGUGCGAAAAAAUACAGAGAAUGGGGACAGCCUUCAUGAACUUCACUUCUUACAAAUUGCACUUCCCGCUCUCAGUCACAAUAUUCAAGUUUUGAUGUUCUGUCACACUUCACUGUUCAAUCGUCCACCUAACAGAUAUUUACUUUGGAUUGUCCACAUGACUUUGGUUACCCUUUCACUAAGUUUGCUUUCAAGUAUUCUCAACAAAACUUAUAUUUAUGUAUAUGUAUGUAUUUAUGCAUGUGUUCAUGAUCUUGCAGAUAACACUGAUGUGCACUCAACCAACCACCACAUCUUCUAAGUGUGCACACUUUUCCAUAUUUCUUAAGAGAAUAAAACUCUCUGAGUCCUACGCCACUUCCAUCAAUCAACUCAUCUUGCAUAUUUAACUCUUCUCUCUAUAAUAUACUCUUCUAACAUCAGCUCAAAGUAGAUUACAUUGCAGUAAUACUCUGUUGUUUCCUUUUACAGAUAUUCCUCCUUCGAGAAGAUUCCCGUGGUAACUUUAAAUUGCUUAUUUCUCCCAACUUCCAUCAUUUAUCUGAUUUCAGUACAAUAAAUUUA